AUGGUGUCAUCACCUUACUCCCAACCGGUGGCUGCCGCAAUGUUCGAAAUCGGAGCACGAUACGAUAUUCUGGCAGCUAUUUACGAACACUUUGUGACUACGGCAAAUUACGACGCUGCGCGGGUGUUUGCGUCAGAAGCGGCGGUGCCGAAUCCAGAGUUAGGGAUGGUGUUGGUGCGGCACGAGGUAAAGAGAGAUAUCGAAGGAGGCCGAAUUGAGGCCGCUCUGGAGACUCUGCAGCAAGAGUACCCAGCAAUUGUGGAAGAGCAGUCAGCGUUGCUAUUUGAACUAAAGCUAAUGCAGCUUAUCGAGCUAAUUCGAGCCAGCGACUUUGACGCAGACCCCGCAUCAAUUGAUCCGGCCCUGGAGUACGCACGGGCCCAGGCUCUUCCGUUGGUGAAAUUGGAUCAAGCAGAGGACGCUAAGCGGAUGGUACAAUUGCAAAAAGUCAUGGCCCUGGUCUGCAUUGAUGCGAGCAAAGGGCUGCCGACGGUGUUGGAAGAGCUGCUGGAUCAGAGGACCCGGGAUGAGCUGGCGGUCAGAGUGAAUGGCGAAAUGCUAAAGUGCCAUGGUAGCAAAGAGAUGUCACGCCUGGAAAGCCUUCGACUGUUACGAGAUAUGCUCCGUAAAAGUGUCUGCAGCGCAUCGUGCAACGACUACAGAGUGGAGGGCAUCGACUUUGUAGAGUUAUAA